AUGUCAUCUCUCCGGCACCUCCGCCCCGCCAUCCGCGCCUCACAGGCGCCUCGCCGCACGUACGCUAGCCAAACCCCCGGCAACCCGGUGCUGGAAAUCUUCAACCGCAAGACCAAACAUCUCCAGAAAGAGCGCGCGGCGCAGAAUGUCGAAGAGAGCCGGAAAGUCGACUACCUCAAGGAUGAGGUCGCCAUGCGGCUAUGCGAGCGUCUCCUUGACAUCAAACGCAGAUUCCCCAACGUGCUCGACCUUGGCGCAAACAGCUGCAACAUCGCGCGCGCCCUAACAACACCCAUCCCAGCGCUCGACGCAGGCGCAGAUGCAGAUGCCGCAGCAGGGACAACCAUAACCCCCGAGGGCGCAACCAUCUCCUCCGGCGGCGAAACAGUCACCCUCGCCGACCGAAUAGACCACCUCACAGCCAUCGAGACAUCACCGGCCCUCCUGCACCGCGACGCAGACCUCCCCUUCAAUAAACUCCUCCCUAUAACCCGCAAAGUGAUUCCGGACCUCGAAUCCCUACCCUACGAACCCAAUACUUUCGAUGCAGUUCUUUCGUCUCUCUCAAUCCACUGGAUAAAUGACCUUCCCUCGCUGCUGGCGCAGGUGAAUUCGGUCUUGAAGCCGGACUGCCCGUUCAUUGCGGCGAUGUUUGGAGGAGACACGCUCUUUGAGCUGAGGACGUCGCUGCAGCUGGCGGAUCUGGAGAGGCGGGGUGGUGUCUCGCCGCAUGUUAGUCCGCUUGCGGAUGUCAGAGAUGUUGGCGGGUUGUUGACCAAGGCUGGGUUUAAGAUGCUGACGGUGGAUGUGGAGGAUAUUGUGGUGGAGUUCCCGGAUACAUUCUCGCUCAUGGCGGAUCUGCAGGCGAUGGGGGAGAAUAAUGCCAUUGUGCAGCGAGAACAGGGGCCUAUAUCCCGAGAUGUGCUGCUGGCCAACGAGGCAAUUUACAGGCAGUUGCAUAUGGAGGAGGGUGCUCCUGGAAUUCCAGCGACGUUCCGGCUGAUCUAUAUGAUUGGUUGGAAGGAGGGAGAGGGACAGAGCCAGCCGCUGGCGCGGGGAAGCGGAGAGGUGAAUCUGAAGGAUAUUUUGGGCGGUGGUGAUUUCAGGCCAUAG